AUGAACCUUCCGAGUACUAACCAUUCUAUGCUCAGUUCAAGCCUCUUGGAUAUUGAGUCUCAGGUACAGAGAGCGAUAACGUAUAUCUUCUGGGGUGAGGCUUCGAAGCACCUGGAGAAACUUAACACUUCCAAUGCCAAUUUGAAUCCAUACUGGAGUUUCUAUGCCGAAGAAUGUGCUCACGCGCUCCAUGAUGGCGGAAGACACAUUGCAAUCAGGACACAUGCCGAUGUCGUGGAAGUUGCUGGGCAGCUGGAAGCUGACUGCACGAGGGCCGAGAUCAAGAACAGCUUGCGCACGAAGCUGACUUCAUCACAUAGCAACGAAGAAGAGAUCCUCGACAACUCGAUCAAUCUCGUUUCGAGUCUGCUUCUCAUGAUAAACUGCGGAACAUUUUCCCAGGGCUUCUCGGGUCGAACAGAACUGCUAUGGGCGCGAGGGUCGUUACGGCAGCAUCUGGCGCAAUAUUUUGCAGAGCCUCCAGUGCUUAGCCAUGAGAGAGUCAAGUUGGAGAAGAACUUCACAGCUCCGAACUUAAGCCGGAUUGCCGGGCUAGAGAUUGUGUGGACCGACAACCUGAUCGACCACCUGCGCAUGUCGGACGAUGAUACCAAAGUCCACAUCUUCCAUCAUGCCUCUUUCCUCGAGUGCCAACGACAAAGUCAGAAGUCGCUUCUACCGGAGGGCGUUGCUUCCGAGACCCUGCAGACUCUGGCACUCCUUUUCCCAACCGCGGAUACCGAGAUGAGAAGAUGGUUUUUAAAGGUGGCAGCGACAGCACAGUUGGAUGGUCGAGUAAUCCAGUGCGGAAGAUUGAGGAGCGACCGACGGCAGAUUGAGAAGUUCAGAUUCUGGAGAGACCGUUUGGUGACACUGAAGCAGGUCUUCGACGAGGCUCAGCCCAAAACACUGUCCCAGUGGUGGAAUGAUCGGAGAAACGGCGUGCAGUGGUACACAUUCUGGGUGGCAGUGUUAGUCUUGGCCCUGACAGUUCUGUUCGGCUUCAUACAGAGUGUCGAAGGGGCCUUGCAGGUAUAUGCAUCGUUUAAAUCCAUGUCAGGUCCAGGCUGA